AUUAAUAUUUAUUAUUUUUAGGCGAUGCUUAUAUAUUAUAUAUAAAAUUAAAUAUAUGGCAAAGCGAUCCCAUUGUUAGGAAGAAUUGUUUUGGUUACUAUGAAAGUCCCUUGAACUCCUAAAUCUCAAUAAAUUGGGAGGUAAAGAAAAUGAAGAGCCAAUGAUUGUGACUCCUAAAAGAAAAUCCCAUAGUACAUGUAUUAAUAUAAGGAAAAUUAGCCAUCACGAUUCUUGCACUUUUAUGUUAUGCUUGAAUAUAAAAUAUAUAUAAGUAGCUCAGCAGUAAGGGAGGAAGAGACAAUUGUGACGAACACAUAAGUGGAAAAAAAUGGUAGGAGGUAAGGAAUCAGUUGAUUUAAGGAAGAAGAAAGGAAGCCUUAUUCCUGUAAUGUUCACUCUCUUCUGCACGUAUUCUUCUCUAACUUUUGUUCUUUAUAUACGUAUAUAUACUGACUUGUCUUACACUUUUCACUCACAAGUCACAAUUACAACUAGCUAAUAGUUGCAUAUUCAUGGCUUCCCACUUCACCUCAUCUACCAAUGUUUGGUUUCUCUUGCUUGCUAUUGCCUUAGGGGUAACAUUAUCCGAGUGCACAAAUAUUACCAUUAUAAACAAUUGCAAAGAAACAGUAUGGCCUGGAAUUACACCUAAAAACAAUUUCAAUGGAGAUGGUUUUGAGCUGAAACAAGGCCAAUCUGCUGUCUUUAACGCCCCCGCCGGGUGGAGUGGCCGUAUAUGGGGUCGAACCGGUUGCCACUUUGACAAGAACGAUAAUGGCACGUGUCAAACCGGUAGGUGUGGGACCGGUCUAAAAUGUAGUGAACCGGGUGACCCUACAGCUUCAAUUGCCGAAUUUACCCUUGGAGAAACUGAUUUUUACGACGUUAGCCUUGUUGACGGGUUCAACUUGCCUAUAGUAGUAAAACCUGUAAAUGGCAACGGAAAUUGCAGUUCUGUUGGCUGUGAUAGUGAUCUUAGGCCAAAUUGCCCAUCGGAGCUAGCUCUCAAGACAGAUGGAAAGACGAUUGCCUGCCGGAGCGCGUGUAACGUCUUUGACACUGAUGAAUAUUGCUGCCGGGGUACAUUUAGUAGUCCAGUGUCAUGUUUGCCUACAAACUAUUCAAGGAUUUUCAAGACAGCUUGCCCUGUUGCUUAUAGCUUUGCCUUUGAUGACCCAACUAGUAUCAUCACUUGCUCUUCUACUCACUAUGUUGUCUCAUUUUGUUCUUCAAGGAAUCAGACACAGACACUGUGCACAAAUUAUGGCAAAAAUUUGACUUGUAAUGGAGCAUAUGGAUUGAAGCCACUCUUUAAAACAAGGCAAAUACUGAUGGUUGGAUUGACAACAGUGGUUAGUCUUGGAGGGGUGAUGUUCUGACAGGAUAUUGUGCAGAUUCAAAUCUUUUUGAGUACCUGUUUGCAACUACAUUUACUUUUCUCAUUCAUUUUAGGAUUUUGAUUGCUUUUCCUUGUCUUUUGAAAUUUUGUUCACAAUCUCAAGAGUAGUCUUCUAAAGUGUGAAAACAUCAAAACUUGGCCAUUUACCCAAA